AUGGCCGACAGUCGGUUGACAUGUAAACUGAAAUAUUUGGAGGCAAACUAUGAAAAAUGCAAACUUAAAGUACGGGAGAAUUCUCUGUAUUGUAGAAUAGCAAUUCUCGAGUAUCACACUAGAAUUGAGGAAGAAAAAAGAAUUACCGUAGAGUACGAAAACAAAGCUAUCGCUCAACAACUUAAACAAGCUCAGAAUGCAUCUCUUUACCUUCAAAAGAAACAAAGCUUAUUAGCCAAACAGUCAAAGGAGCAUUCAUCAAAGCUUGAAGCUGAAUACAGAGACAAAGAAAAUAUGUUAUUAAAGAGAAUAUCUUCACUCCAGGAGGAUAAAGAUAAUGUGAUAAAUGAAAGAGAUACUUGUAUCUUAACACUGACGAAAGAAAUUGAACAUUUGAAAAGGUUGCAGCAAUCAAAGGAUGUGCCUGGAGAGAAAAACAAAAUAAAAACAUCAAAAAGAGCUAUAAAAAAUGAAAGAAGAUUGACACGUCUAAAGAGUAAAGAAUGCCACAAUGUUGUUUCGGGGGCACUUCAAAUAAGCAACGAGUUGGAUAAAGAGUCUCAUGUAGAUGUACAUGAUGGUGGUCGUUGUUGCCAUUUUGUAAUGGAAGAUAACGUUUAUGACGGAAUAGUUGACGAACGUGGUGAACAAGAUUUAGUAGAACAAAAUGUGGUAGACAAGAGAAAUUUACGGAAAGGUGAUGUUGGAGAUGACGAAAACUGUGUGGAGGAAAAUGAUGUAAUUCAAGGAAUUGAGAUUGGGAAUGAAAAUCUUGAUAAUGAAGUAGCUGAUGCUUGCGACAAGACAGUUGAAUCCCAUUUCGAUAAAGAAAGUGAAAGUUUGAUCAUGAAGAAAGAAGUGAAUCACGGAAGAAAUGAAGGCGAAACGAUGGACAAAGAUACGGAAAACAACGUUUUGACUGAUCAUAAAAAAAACGAAAUUGAUGUUGGGGAACCUCGCGAAAAGUUACUUGUAACUGAAAAUGAUGUCGAGAGCGAUGUGAAUGAAGUGAUCUCUGAGAAAAAUUUUGAUGGUGAAAAGGAGAUAGAAAUAGAUUUUAGUUUUGUUGGUAAAGAAAAUGAAAAAAAAACGAGGAAAAGAAAAGUCGCCGCAUCAACUAAAUUGACACGUGAUGUUGACAAAAAGAAAGACAAAAUGAGUAAAGUUAAAAAUGACACAAUAGAGACAAAAGUAAACAAUGUUAUUCAUGGCUUAAGAAAACCUAGCAUUAAAAAAAGAAAAACAUUAUAUAGCGUUAGAGAAAAUACGCUUUCUGAUACCUGGAGUUCGGUGUUUCAGGAAACGCUACCAAUGAACAAAACACGCAGUAGCAGUGGAAUGCCUGCAACUCUAUCGACUUUUAUGAAGGCGUUUGUUGUACCGAAGCUGAAAAAGAAGUAAAAGCUAUAUUCUUGAUUUUUGAAUAAAGAAUAUUUACAAAUUUGACUAAUAUUUACUCUGUUAUACCACCAUCAUCCAUAUACAGCGUUCAGUCUCUUGUCCUUAUUUUUGCGACCGUAACAAGAGAAUAUUGUAAAAUUUUCCUUAUCUAGACAACUGUAGCUGCAGUGUGCAAUUUAGCUAUUUUUGAUGCCAUUUACCUGUAUUUACAUAGCGGCUUCUUUUGUAGUAUUAUCGACUUUAAAUAGUUAGCUAAUCUUUUGCAAAUAGAUUAUUGGAAAAAGUU